AUGAUAUCUACAAAUUUUUUUAUAUUUUAUCUUUUAAUAGCAUUUACACCCUUUGUCCAUUGUUCACCAAAGUUGGCGAUUACUCCUUAUAUUUAUGAACGCCUGGUAUACUUCAUUAAAGCGUCCGCGAUAUCAAGCUGCAUAUCUGACAAUCUACUUUUUCCUAAUAAAGCACUUAACGAUGGAGGUUGUCCACCACAUAUUAAGUUCUGUACGGAUGAAAAAAUCAACCCUACAGCGGGUCGAACAAUGAUUGAAUUGGUUCUAAGUGCCGAGAAGGGGGAACUGGGCUCGGGUUAUGUGGCUGUUGAUCAUGGAAAGAAUGUUGUUAUAUUAGCCUUUCGAGGAUCUACAACUAAACAAGAUUGGUUUAGUGAUUUCGAAAUAUACCCAGUUGAGUAUACUCCGCUUUGCGUGAAUGAAUAUCGCAAGCUUAUAGAGGAAGGAAAGCUAAGAGAAUGUAAAGGCUGUAAAAUGCACAGAGGCUUUCUCAGAUUCACCGAAACCCUUGGGAUGGACGUUUUCAGAAAAAUGGAGAGUAUUUUGGAAAGCUAUCCAGAUUACCGAAUUGUUGUGACAGGUCAUUCAUUAGGGGCAGCAUUAGCAAGUUUGGCUGGGAUUGAAUUGAGGCUAAGGGGCUUUGAUCCUUUGGUCUUGACAUAUGCAACACCAAAGAUAUUUAAUAGUGAAAUGAGACAAUGGGUGGACGAAUUGUUUGAGACAGAGGCUAUAGAAAAGGACUCAAUAUCAAAAAAAGAAAUCCAGUUCCGUAAGGGGUAUUUUCGAGUGGUCCAUAAUGGAGAUUAUAUUCCCAUGGUCCCACCAUUUUAUCAUCCGGCCGGUUUGGAGAUUUAUAUUAACAAGAUCGGAAUACCUCAAAAUGCAGAAGAUGUUGAGUAUCGUGGUAGAAACAACAAGAUGGCUCUAAACGAUGGAUUCCGGGAUGGCAUGAGCGGUUUAGUUGAAGACUGGUUACAUGUUUAUGAACAUCGAGCCUAUUUUAUCGACGUAUUUGGGUGCUCUGGACUUUAA